AUGCUCCACUUGGAUGCAGUGACACAUUCCGUACCAGAGCCUGUAUUCCCACACAAGGAUCUAAAUUCUCGCGUCUCUGGGCUUCUUCGUGCUACACGACCCUUGCUUGAUACCGACAAUGACUGGAUAAUCCCCAAUAUCGAGGAUCUCCAACAGCAGGUAUCGGUAUAUGACACCUUGCUAGACCGUAUCGAUGAAAUCAGAUCUAAGGUGCAAAGCCAUCGCGAUGCAGUUCAGAAGUCAUUGGCGGACUAUGCGUCGACGCUAGCACCCAUCCGACGUCUUCCCAACGAUGUUCUUCGAUCUUUGUUUCGCGAGAUACAGGUCUCAGAAUGGCGGAACACAGGCACACCAGGGGCCGGAUGGCACGGGAUGGUAGAUUUCUCACAGGGUCCUUGGACACUCAGUCAUGUAUGCGGUGCUUGGAGGGAUAUAGUUUUAUCCUAUCCCCAACUCUGGUCGCAUAUUGUACUUUGUUUUGUGACCCCUCGUUUAAAGGGCAUGUCUGAGCGGCGUUCCUCCCCUCGUCAUAUGGCCGACGCACUAAAAGCCAUGAUUCAUCGUUCGGAACAGCAUCCUCUCGACAUAGUGUUCUUAGAUUUCCGAAGCGAUAUUGAUGAGGAUACGCCCGUCCAAGCACUCUCCGUGAUUGCCCAGAAGUCAUAUCGGUGGAGGACCUUGCAGCUCUGUGCAUUCUUGAUAGUAUUGUUGGAGCGGUUGAAGGUGGUUCGCGGGAAGAUCCCUUGUCUGGAAUCUUUGACAAUGGAUACUUCGCGUAGACCACAAUUGCACAGAGCGGACCUCCAUGAAGAUACCCGAAGUAUCUUCGUUGACGCUCCUCGCCUUCAAAGGGUGACUUUACGCGGUACCCGUGGUCUCGGGGAUUUCGUGUUUCCUCCUCAUAUCACUCAACUCGCGGCAUGUAUCACCAGUGUUUCUAAUCUUGGAGUUUAUCAGUCUCUUAUCGAACUCCAUCUCGAGCUCAGUCAAAGAGACAAUAAGGAUAUCUCCCUUCCUCUUAACAUUCACCUUCCCAAUGUCCGCAUGAAUCGUAGCAACUCGGACCAUGGUGCAAGCACCCACAAUGUUCAGAUUGUGAACGAUUUCAUCCGACGUUCGCGAUGCUCCCUUUCUAGAUUAUCCUUCCAUUCUUCAAACGCAGAUGAUCACAACGUUAUUCGGGAGUCACUCUUAUUCAUGGACACUCUUGUGUCCUUGCAAAUUGGGGGCCUUUGGAACAUUGAUGUUAUCUUCGAUGUCCUUGCUUCUGUUGGAUUCCUCCCGAAUUUGCAGCAUCUACGGCUAUUUUGCAUUGGUAUAUCCGGGUCUUCAUCCCUAGAUUCCCUUGUCGCUAUGAUCUCUUCGCGGAGCAAGCAUCUUCGUUCGGUCAAAAUUCAAUGUGGCAGGCCUGAGGAUGUGGAGACCUUCAAUCGAUAUCUCACAGCACUGCAGCAACCUGGACAACACUUUAUUGCUACAGAAAGACUAAAAGACGGAAUUUCUGGAACCCAGUUCGGAAAUUUCAAUCGGUCCGAUUUAGAUGUUCUGGUUGACCACUGGCGGUGA